AUGCCGACCUCGGUUUUGCUGAGGGCAUCGCCGAUCUGGGGCAUUUGGGCCGCGGAGUGGACUUUCGAUCGGGGCUCCAAUGCUCGUGAAGAGAUUAUCGUGGACUAUCGAGAUUCUUUUACAGGGCUUGCAACCUCGUGGGCUCUGAGGACUGCUCUGGUUUUUGGACUGCUCUUCGUUGUUCGCGGCAUUUGCCAAUUCUCCGAGAAAAGGUCUCAGGCUUUCAUUGACGCCGGUCUUGUAGUGGGGAUCUCUGCAUUCAUUAUUGGUCUGAUUGACGGGUUUCACGUUAUCACUGGCGGGGCAAUAGCCUCAGGCGGAUGCGGAGCUCUUCUUGGCUGGAUUUCAAUUUUACUUGAUAUCGCCCAAUUACAGGAGCGCGUGCUGGGUGGAUUUGGACUCGGACAGACGCAAAUCAGCCAUGGUUCCGCGCUCCUUUCCCACCCGACUUUCUCCAACUACUCAUCCACCCAACCUAUCCACAAGAUCAGGAACACGAAGAAGGCUCAAAAAUUGAAGUUCUUGGCCAUGGAUCCUUCAUCGCCUCUAGAGCGCUCCGCGCAAAACUCUUCCGGCAACCAGCCCGGAUCGAGUACUCUCUCACAUCGUCCCAGCCCAGGCCGCCAAAGCCAACGGACAGAUUCGGACUCUCCAAGCAGGGGAGAUGGGCCGAUACCUGACGAUAAUCACGGUGCCGACUUACCAAUGAACAUGAGUGCCUCGGUGAUGCUGACAGGCCUCCCCCGCGAUGCGCAUCAGGCCUUGGCCGACGUGGAAGCUAUCGAUGCUGGCAAAGUCACUGUGCGGUUCCAACCGCUGCCAUCUGCCCCGAUACUCAAGACUCGGGUGUUCAAGAUCAGCGCAUCACAGAAGUUUGAAACCGUGGUCAAAUUCCUUCGAAAGAAGCUGGACUGCAAGGAUACGGAUUCAGUCUUUUGCUACGUGAAUAGUGUCUUCGCUCCAGGACUAGACGAGGGCGUCGGCGGAUUAUGGCGAUGCUUCAAAACAGAUGAUCAAUUGAUCGUCGCUUACUCAAUGACGCCGGCGUUCGGCUGA